AAGUUGAUUUACCAAGAAGCAGCAUUGUAACGCAGCCUUUAAAAUCCAAAAGGGAAAGAACUGAUGAGGAUGACCUCUUUAAUGUUUCUGAGACGGAAAAACCUACCAAGAAGAAGAGAAAGUCUUUACUAAAAUCUGGGUCCACUCAUAUUCCUGAGAAUAUUAACAAUUCCAAAUUAUCAAAUAAUAAUAAACAUAAUAAAUACGAUGAUAUUGUUGAAAUGCUUAGUUUUAAGUUAAAAGGUAUUGUUACUAUUACAGGCAUUUCUGAACAGUUGUCCAAGAAAGCUGCAGAUAUCGCCAAUAUGAACGAUGGUGACGAUGAAGAUGAUGAAAAUCAAUUACCAGAAUUAUCAAAAUUAUUCAAAGUUGGUCAAUGGGUUCGAUGUGUGAUUACGAGACUGGUAAAUAAUGAUGACCAAAUAAAAAAUAAGCAAAUCGAAUUAAGUUUGGAUCCAAAACUUGUAAAUUGUGAUAUUGUCCGCACCGACAUUUCUAAAGACAUGGUAGUUAUAGAAGAUCAUGGCUAUGUUCUCUCAAUUGGAAUGAGCGGAAUUAAUGUUUUCUUACACAAUAAAGAAGCGUCGGGUUAUGAAUCAAGGUUCAACGAUAGUCGUCCACUUACUGUGGGCCAAUUAUUAAAUGUUAGUGUUAUCAGUGUAGCCGAUAAAAAUCUAAUAAUUCAAGUAACUGCUGAUCCGGAUGCUGUCUCAAGCGCGACUUUGUCUGAUAAAUUUGUGCAAAAUAUAAGUUCACUUGCUCCUGGAAAUUUGAUUAAGGCGCGC